AUGGCUACUCAGCAACGGGAUCUUAACCUGCUGUUCGGUAACUGUCUCAAGGAUGAUGAUUUUUUAAAAAUUCCUAUGGAUACCGUAGGGGCCCUACAGGCCAUUUUCGAAGCCAAAAACAUUCCGAUUCAGGAAGAGGCUGAUGCCUCAUAUGAGGGGAAAAUCGCUCAAGUUGCACGUCGCCGCAGCGCAUUAAGUCGCGUAUGUGACGCCGUGUUAUCCGCGUUCCGAAACGGAGGGAAGCCACCAGCCGGUGGAAUUGUCGGCACCCUGAAGCACGAGGAAGAGGAACGCAAUGCGUGGAAGUUCCUUGUUGCUGCCGUCCAGAAGGAUGGGAAGAUGCGAGCUGUGAUUGAAGAAGAGCUGCUGCGUACGGCGGUGGAGCACCAUUACGCCACUGCACGGCCCGAACUCUGUGACAUGUUCGCACAUCUUGCCGCAACGGAGAUGUUUUUUAUAGACGGUGAUUCCUUGUUCAUGUCUGCCCUCUCACCACCAAAUGUAGACUGGGACCUCAUACAGCCAUUACAUGUCAUGUACAAUGCACAAAAGCUGCUCUUCGAUAUGGAGUGCCGCGGGGCCCGAUUCCACAUUGUUUUCUUCGAUAGUAUGUUGUGGAUGUGGGAACGAGCCCCUGCGAAAAUGCUGAUGAGGGAAAACUUACGACUGGCACUGACAGCCGCGAGCGAGUGCCCAGGCGGCUCCCGCUUCACCGUGCGUACCUUUCCAAGUUUCCAUAGUGAGGCCUUUGAGACCUACCUGAAAGAGUGGGAGCCGGAGUUUAUCUUCAUGUCUGACGGUGAGCAACUGGGUUCCUUGAACCCGCUGCAAGAGUUUUUUGUCAAUCCGGAGGUUGAAACAACUAAUGCAUCCUCAGGUGUCAACUCCAGCGGUGCCGUCGCUGUGCCUGCACGUCGGCCGUACAGGAGCAUCGUUGAGGACGAGGAAAUAGGAAAUGAUGCGGCUAUGUAUAUUCGAUGUCUGCUGCUUUGGGCAGCCUCCCGCCGCCUCAAAGUCGCGUACUCGUCUCGUGUCAUCUACAGGGAGAACUCUAUGAUCGUCUUCACCAUGGGCGUGGACGGCUCAACCCUUGAGCGCUCGCUGGGAAUCGAGCCGGAGGUGCGCGCGUUGGCUCAAUCACUCGAACGUGAAGUGACGUUGCCCACAUUGUCCCAAAAAUCAUUGAACGUGCUGAACGAGGACCUGACAUUCCGUGAGAAGAUUGUCUGUUCGGCAGUACGCACCUAUCUAACCAUGAAGGAACGAAGCGAACAAGAGCAGCAGCUUUGUCAGGCCCUUGUUAUAACGGCUUACAUUGUGGGAAUACUGAGCUGCGAGGCCAGGGCCCAGGCGGCAUUACCCAGCGCCGUGCUCCAAAACUUUAUUGCGGAUAUCUCACCAUUUCUCCUUAGCGCACUUCGACACGCUGGCUGCGACAACGGAGGCGGUCAGGUAUUCGACAUUAUCGACGGACAUCUCCUCUACGCCGUUGCGCGAUUGCUACGCGAAGAAGCGCCAAGCCAUUUGUUGGAUGAAGACGGUGUAGGGGACAUCUCCAUGACUUGGCAGUAUCUUAUGGACGACGACACACUUGACAUUACCUCGACACCGUUUAGGAGCCUCCCUGAGCUAGCUCAGCCUCAACCUGUGCAGCUUCAGGAAUAUCCGUACCUUAAACACGAGUUAGUAGAGCACCUGGCCAAAACCUUCAAGGUGGAGGGACACAAGGCAAAGCGGCCGAUACCCGAUGGCUACGGCGCCGCCAAUGAGCUUAUUGGGUGGGAUAUAACCACUCCUUUCGACAAGUUCAACGACGUUACUGAUGCUGAUGGGGAGCGUGAGGCAAAGAUUCACAUGACUGAGAAGGAAGCAAGACAUGCGCAGGAGUUUCAGACGAAGUUCGUCCGUAACGCCUUCCAGCAGGCGCAGUCCAUGGGAAUAAGUGGUUUCGCCGCCCAACCACUAACUUUGGUUUGCUCGGAUAAUGAGCAAGAAAGCACUGACGCCGCUGGAUCAGGAGGUGCAGGAGGGUGUGGUAAGGGUGCGGCCGCGAAGAAGAAAAAGGGGAAUAAUGAGCACGAGGGACAGCGUAAUAAGAAGGGGCGUAGCAAGGAUGAUGAAAUUCGUGAGCAGAAGAAUUUGAAAGACGCCGCAAGUAGCAUUCAGAGUUGGUUGAAGCAAAUGGACGAUCACCUCCGCAGCAUCGACCCAACGCACGGACGUACGACCAACAAAGAUCGUGAUGACGCUGUGAAGAAACUUUUGGCUGCAGUCAAGCGACUCGCGGAGGCAAAGUUCACCAAAGGUUUCGAGCCCGAUCGCACGAUUGGAAAGAGUGAAGGUAGCGAUAUUUCGUUAAAGAUUUCCAUGUGGCGCCUGCUUGUGGCUUCCAGUGGGCUCCGUGAGGCGGAGUUUGCGCUCACGCUUGAAGAUCCCUCGGCAAAGAACCGCGCUGUCAAGAAAAAGGGCUUGAAGACGGAGACUGCUGUGCCAUACGGUUUUACAGUCAUUGAUAACCUCGUCGCCACCAUAAGUGAUAAGAGCACAGAAUGGGGAGAACUGGAGGGGCUGCGGAAGUUCAAGUCGGAUAUAACAAGCGCGGAAGCUGCGUCGUACCUGCGGUGGGUGUAUCUGUCCUACGUGGAACUGCACAUCCAGAUGAAAAUCAAAUGCUUCGUAGUUAAACUUCGUCUCGAAAACUGGCGUAGUGAGCGGGAGCGUGCCCGUUUGGCCAAGGAAACACCGGAUCUAUCGGUAGCCAUUCCGCUGUUUCUUUAUUGCCACCAUCACGUCUUGUCGGUGGUCCAAAACGAGGGUCUGCAAAUAUCGCAAGAGGACCUUGACACGGUACGCUCCGCUCUGAGGCACCUGGACUUUGGGGAAGAUUACUACAGCAAGCUGGACCGUGCCAUCACUCAGUGGCAAAAUAAGGCACCGAGUUUGUUAGGGCCAACGAUGCUCCCGCGGAUGCGGCAACUGACCGACACACCAGAAAUGAUGCAACUCAUUCACAUGGGACACCUGCUUGAGCGGCCGGUCAUUCGAAGACCCGAUUACCGCGUUGCCUUCAACCCAGACAGUUGGCAGCGAGAGCUCCUUGACAUCGUGGACAAUCGCGGGAGUGCUGUAGUGUGUGCCCCAACUUCAGCUGGGAAAACGUUUGUUUCGUAUUACUGCAUGUAUAACACUCUUCGCCGCUCCAACAGGCGGAUUGUUGUGUACCUUGCUCCCGCCCGUGCGUUGAUUAAUCAAGCGGUGGCCGAUGUCUGCGCUCGCUAUGGGUCCAAAGAGUACAAAAAUAGUGGUAAAUAUAUUUAUGGUGUUCUUGGUGGGGCCGACUACCAUCAGUUCCACGAUUCCUGCCAAGUACUUCUGACUGUGCCCGAGACAUUUGAAACCAUGUUGCUUUCACCCAAGUACGCUGAAUGGGUUGACCUUAUCGAUUACGUAAUUCUCGAUGAGAUUCACUCCAUGGAGAGCAAUGGCAAUGGUGACGUGUGGGAACGCAUUCUUGCCCUUCUGCCCUGCCCUUUCGUUGCGCUUUCAGCCACGCUGGGAGAAACUCAGCAACUGUGUGGGUGGCUUAAUCGCGUGCAAUCUCGGCUGAAGGAGCAGGCAGUUGACACACCCGCUAAGGCACGUGACUAUAGGGUACACGUGCUUCCAUCGGAGGGCCAAACCAUUCAGCGAUGGAAUGACAUAAAGAAGUACAUUUAUCUUCCCCCUCCCGAUACGCGUACGUCUUUGAAGAAACUCACUACCACAUAUGAGAACCGCUACAUCCACGACUUACAUCCCUUGUCCAUCCUCACAACGGACCAACUCCAGCGGGGAUUCCCUCCUGACAUUACCCUUGUCCCCAGUGAGGUGGUAUCAUUAUUUGGGGAAAUGCGAACCGCCUUCGAUAACAUCAUUUGGCCGAAGUUGUCUUCGAUACCGCGGGUUCAGAUGCUGCAGUCGAAGCUCAAGCUCCUUGAGCCAGGGAGAUACUUUGAAGCGGACUUGUAUAUUACCCAGCAGCGUGCACGUCUGUAUGAACGGGAAGUAAAGGACGCCUUCGCUCAGUGGGUUCUGCUAAGCAACAGUAGCGUGAAGAAGCCGGAUAUUUCCUCCGAUGAACAGGUGAAAGAGUUCAACUCCACGAUGAAACAUGCAACGGAGACCAUCCUUGCAGCCUUUGCGCAAAAGUUGAACGAGAAGGAGGCGGCGCUCGGUAGCUAUGCUGUUGCAGCUAUGGAGAGGAAGCGCGCACAACAACAAAGCAGGACCAACACUGAGGGUAGAAGUGAGCAAGAGUCAGAUGAGGCGGUGCCGGAGGCGGCUUUUCCGGGAUCAAGGCAAUUUAUUCGAGAGCAAAGUUUGAAUGUGUUGCGCGAGAUUUCCGCUAGGGACAUGGGCCCAGCUAUUGUGUUCAGCUUCGAGUCCGAAGACUGUGAAGACUUGGUGAAGUACGUUGUGGAGCAGCUGGAAGAGGCAGAGGAGCGCUACCGGCAAACUGAGGAAUUCGCCCUCUACAAAGCCAAGGUGGAGCGCGCGGCCGCGGAGCGGGAGGCGAGGCACAAACAACGCGAGUCCACGCUGAAGCAAAAGCGCCUCAGGACUAAUGAGGAUGGUGAGGUGGAGAGGGCCGAGCGUGAUGUGGACGAAGGUGAAGAAGAUGAGGGGGAGGUCUGCGAAGUCCCAGAUAUUCUUCCCGAGUUCACUUUCAUUGGGGCGGGGUGCAGCGUGGAACCCGAUGUCGUAAAGGAACUAAUAAAGGACUGCGAAGGUGAGGGGGAGGACCUCCUUCUUCGCGCUUUAAAGCGGGGUAUUGGGAUGCAUCAUGCCGGUGUGAAGGGUAAACUUCGUGGUCACGUGGAAAGGCUGUUCCGAGGCCGCCACUGCGGUGUUAUUUUCUCCACGGAAACAUUGGCGCUGGGCAUUCACAGCCCGUGUCGUUCUGUUGUACUCGCCGGUGAUCACAUCCUGUUAAAUCCGACGCAGUUCCGUCAAAUGAUGGGUCGUGCGGGUCGUCGUGGUCUCGAUCACCUCGGCCACUUGAUUUUCCUAGGGAUUACCAUGCAACGCAUUAAGCGGCUUAUGACGAGCGGCAUGACGGUGAUUAAGGGGAAUGUGCAGAUGGACCCCAUAUCACAGUUGCGACUACUUCAGUUAUAUGAUUAUAACACGCACAGAUCGUUGAAGCACGAGGACGCAUGGAAGCAGCACGUUAAGAAGUUGGCCGAGAGGCUGUUUGUUAAUCCGCUCUUUUUCCAACGCCGGGAGGCAUUUGCACAAAGUAACAUGGAGGGAUUCACCAUAGAGUACCUGCAAAUGCUCCUUGUAUUCCUGCAGAAGCAAGGACUCCACUUUCGGGACCGCCCCUCUUCAUUGGGUUCCUUGUUGCAAGAUGUCAUGUACGUUUUCAGGGAGGCCCAUGUGGGUAAUGAGGGAUUCGCCUUUAUUCGCAUGCUGACCUCUGGAGUUUUCCAUGAGGCUCACUAUCCACCUGCUCUCGAUAAGGAGCUACACAGCGGUGUUACGGAUGAACCUAUUGCCGAACUGCUUGCCUAUCUCUUCUCAUUCCACCAAACAUGUGGUGUACCGCUGGAAAUUCAUCGUUCCGCUUUACUUGACCCGGCUGUAAGCGUGGUGUGGGAGGGCAAAACAAAUGCCACACAACAUCGUGUCGUACUGUCGCCCGUUGAUGUUUGCUCCCCCUCCGUACGUCCUUUUGAUAACACAGAGUUCUUUGCUCUGCUUUCUGCCUUCUACAACCAAUUGGCGUCAAGGUUGGACGAGAAGAAGGAGAAAGAAGAGAAGGGAAAGGAGCAGGAAGAGGAGGAAGAGGAGGAAUCGAGUGAAGGUCCCCGCUUGCCAUACGUGGAAACGGGUGGCGACCAACUUAUAUUUGGCAACGGCGCCGGUGAUUUCCCACUAAUGGAUGCGCUCAAGGAAUCUGCCGUUCAGUUUAAGGCUCGUCACCCGUUUGUGGCCAUCAGUGGUUGCGGUGACGUCUUCACUUCUGUUGAUGAAGUUGUCUUUUCUCUCCGCGACGAUCUCUUCUGCGACCGUCGUCUGCUUCCCGUUCUCGAUGUAUCAGACGGAUGGCGUCAUGAUGGAGCGCAGGUUCUCAUCAACGCCUGUCUCGCUGAUUUCCUCCGCGUUAAAGCGCAGAUUGACACCACUCGGAAGAACUACCGCUUCACGAUGCUGGAGGAACUCAAUGGGCUCUCACAGUCUCUUUCCUACUCGGUGCUCAACAGAGCCGAAAAACUCAUUUCCAAUUUGGCUGGACUGGUGCGGAAGGCUCACUUACCGGCCGCCAGCAUUCUAACAGCCAUUAUGCCUGAUGAAUCUUUUACAGCACAGGAGGAAGGUUACAGUGCGGGAGCUCCGAGGUUGCUGAAAGUAGCCGAGCGGUUAAAUUCACUUCAGCUGCAAAUACAGAAGCGAUUUGCCGAGGAAAAGUACGCCGCCAAAAAGGCGAAAUGGGUGAGCGAGCUCGCUGCAAAGCGAAAUGAGCAGAAGUGA